UCUCCGCGGUCAUCUGGCUUCCUGCGGCGUUUUGUUUGCGACGCUGUCGUGUAACGGCGCGCUUUCCGGCCGGGGGGACGAAGCCCGCGACUGGGCCACUGCGGCCGGAAGAGGGGUCAGGCGAGUGAGGUUGAUGCCCGGCGGCGGGGCAAGCGCGGCGUCUGGCCGGCUUCUCACCGCCGCGGAGCAAAGGGGGGUCCGGGAAUCGGUGGGGUCGGCGUCCAGGAGCGGCCCAGUGGGUUUCGGCUCCGGCGGCAGAGGCGGCUCAGGCGGCCCCGGGCCGGGGAGUGGAGGCCCGGGGGGCCCCGCGGGCAGAAUGAGCCUGACCCCGAAGGAGCUCUCGAGCCUGCUGAGCAUCAUUUCGGAGGAAGCGGGCGGCGGCAGCACCUUCGAGGGCCUGUCCACCGCCUUCCACCACUACUUCAGCAAGGCCGACCACUUCCGUCUGGGCUCGGUGCUCGUCAUGCUGCUGCAGCAACCAGACCUGCUGCCCAGCGCAGCGCAGCGCCUCACGGCGCUCUACCUGCUCUGGGAGAUGUACCGCACCGAGCCGCUCGCCGCCAACCCCUUCGCCGCCAGCUUCGCGCACCUGCUUAAUCCCGCGCCGCCCGCCCGCGGCGGCCAGGAGCCCGACCGGCCGCCGCUCUCAGGAUUUUUACCUCCUAUAACUCCACCAGAAAAGUUUUUUCUUUCCCAGCUGAUGCUGGCACCCCCAAGGGAACUCUUCAAAAAGACGCCUCGACAGAUUGCACUGAUGGAUGUUGGAAACAUGGGCCAGUCUGUGGACAUUAGUGGGCUUCAGCUGGCUUUGGCUGAACGGCAGUCUGAAUUGCCCACUCAAAGUAAAGCUAGCUUUCCUAGUAUUCUCAGUGACCCAGACCCGGAUUCUUCUAAUUCUGGCUUUGACAGCUCAGUUGCCUCUCAGAUCACAGAAGCUUUAGUCAGUGGACCAAAGCCACCAAUUGAAAGCCAUUUCCGGCCAGAGUUUAUUCGUCCGCCACCUCCACUCCACAUUUGUGAGGAUGAACUGGCUUGGCUGAAUCCCACAGAGCCAGACCAUGCGAUCCAGUGGGAUAAAUCAAUGUGUGUGAAGAAUAGCACUGGUGUAGAGAUCAAGCGAAUAAUGGCCAAAGCCUUCAAAAGCCCCUUAUCGUCUCCUCAACAAACACAGCUCCUUGGUGAAUUGGAAAAAGACCCCAAACUUGUUUAUCACAUUGGCCUCACUCCAGCCAAACUUCCUGACCUAGUGGAGAACAACCCUCUGGUUGCUAUAGAAAUGUUGCUGAAGUUAAUGCAGUCAAGCCAGAUCACUGAGUAUUUCUCGGUCUUGGUCAAUAUGGACAUGUCUUUACAUUCAAUGGAAGUUGUAAACCGACUAACUACAGCUGUUGAUCUACCUCCUGAAUUUAUUCACCUCUAUAUAUCAAAUUGCAUCUCUACUUGUGAGCAAAUUAAAGAUAAAUAUAUGCAGAAUCGUUUGGUGCGUCUUGUGUGUGUCUUUCUCCAAUCUUUGAUCCGUAACAAAAUUAUCAAUGUGCAGGACUUGUUUAUAGAAGUGCAGGCAUUCUGUAUUGAAUUCAGUAGGAUACGAGAAGCUGCUGGUCUUUUCCGGUUGUUGAAGACAUUGGAUACUGGGGAGACACCUUCUGAGACCAAAAUGUCAAAGUAAUACCUCAUCAGAACGGUAGUACCCCCCCCACCACCCCCAGUCAUUGUUCAGCUGUACUGUUAUUUAAUUUUUAAAACUGUUAGAAUUCCAA